GAGCCGCUGAGAGCUGACCAAGUCCUAAGUGAGCCCCACUGUCCUGCCUUAGUGAAAUUGUGCAGCAUCCCGGCGAGAGCUCCACCACAGCAGCCACCGGCACCAACCACCACCACCAGAGAACCAGCAGCAGCAGCAGGCACCCAGCGGCAGCAGGCACCCCAGCAGCAAGCACCCGUCUUCAGGCACCAUGCUCCUGAGAAGCGCCCUCCUCCUCCUCCUGGCGGGGAUCCUACUGCUCAUCUGCAGCGGCAGCACAGCACAGAGAAGCAGAGUGCGAAGACAGAACAUGAAGGUCCGCAUCAAUGCCACUGGCGACACCAUUGUGAUGAAGUUCCUGCGCCCCAACCCCGACGUCAAGCUGGAAGGCUACAUCCUGGGAUAUGGCAGCAGCAUGUUCUCCAAGCAGUUCAUCCAGCUACCCGAGAAUGGAGAGCCCUACGAGACAGAAAUAGAUGCUGAGCCCAAGUACUUGGUUGCAGUGCAGCCAAUUCCAACCAACGAUGUCAAGAAACAAUGCACAGGUAAAGUGAACCUGGACAAACCCCUCCACCUGGUGAUCGGCUCUGUGACACCCACGGCUGUCCUCUUGUCCUGGGGCACCUUCGUGAAGACCCCCUAUGAGGGCAACAUCAUGAACGACUGCCUAGAGGACGGGUUCUACACAAUCCGCUACAGAGAGAGGAACCGCAAAUGGAACUACCAGACCUGCCCCACCAGCGACACUGUGAUUGACAACCUGAAGCCCAACACCCCUUAUGAGUUUGGGGUCCGCUCCAACAAAGAUGACCGCGGUGGCAUGUGGAGCAAGCCUGUCAUUCACAACACCAACAUGGGAGACAAAAGCAUGCAGAAGCCCAUCAAGCCAAGCAGGACCGUUAUCGCAAAGACCGUGAAACCCAUGAUGGCUAUCUUCCCUCCACGUCCCGCCCUUCACAACCGAACCCAGUCCAGAUUACCUCUUCUCCACAAACCAGGCUUUCCUGGAGCUCCCAGGACAUCUUUUGCUCCACCUCAGAACCACCAGGAAACUGUGCCUGGCCUGAACUCCAAUGAGCCGCAAUGGCCACUGUUCCCAUUGGACACAGACAACCAUGUUAGAAAUGCCUCUUCCCAGUCAGUGGACGUAUCACCUGCCCUCCCCCAACCUGUGCCCACCAAAUCCCACUCCUCUUCCUCCUCCUCCUCCUCCUCCUCCACUACUGCCCCUAAUGCCCCAUCACACGGUGAUACACGUCGAGGACAGACACAGACCAGGGCACCUAGUACCACACAGAAGCUGCAUAAUCCCUCGGGUAAAAACAACGUGAGACAACUGGCCUCCUCUCAUCCAGCUAAACCGUCUGACUCGGUGGUUGUGGUGUCUGCCAGAAAUCUGACGUCUCAAGGCAGAAAGCCGUUCUCUCCCUUCACUAACGGCAUGAGAAACCCUUACUUCCCCAGGGCCAAUGACUCCUCCAAGAUCUACAGGAGAAUAGGGGCCAAUGGUGAACACCAUAAGGGCCUGUCCCUGCCCAAACCUGUCAUGUGGUCCCGCUUGAGAAUGGACAACAACCCUCUGUGGCAGGACAGUAAACCACAUGUCCACGGUGGUACUGAGCAUUCAGGGCCUUCCAUUGUGAAGCAGCACCAUGGACCUCUUCGCCCUAGCCUGAGCAAAAAGACCAAUCUGGUGGGAAAGCCUGGUGGAAUGGAUAAAGUGAUGGAUCUGAAACAGGACAAGGCUGAUAUCCUCAAGCCCAAGCUCCCGCCUCCAACACCCAAGCCAGCCAAACUGGCCAAGACAACGCCGGCCCCAGACACAAACAACAAUCGCUCUGAAAGCUGGGAGACUUCUUCGGCUUUCAGUUCACUCCCUGCCUCUGAGGUUGAUGCUCUGGGCAAGAAGCGCUACAUUGCUCCUCAUGUUGUUUACAAGACGGACAAGAAGCCGGAGGAACCCUGCUCCAUCACCACCUCCCUCACAUACUUCCCAGACGAUGAAGCCACCGAGUCCAACGUCACGGCCCCACCCAGGUCUGCACCGCAGAACCUCACCGUGGUGACCGUGGAGGGCUGCCCCUCCUUCAUCAUCCUGGACUGGGAAAAGACGGACAAUGACACCACAGAGUAUGAAGUCAUCUCCACCACCAAAGGACCAGAUGGGGAGCAGGUGUCCAUCCUGACCACCAACCAGACGCACACUGCUGUGGAGAACCUGCGGCCAGAGAGCAGCUACGAGUUCAAAGUGAAGCCCAAGAAUGAGCUGGGAGAGGGUCCCUCCAGUGAGCCAGUCUCCUUCAACACCGAGUCAGCGGAUCCACGAGUGAGUGAAAACGUCUCAGGAAAGGAUGCCAUUUGGACGCAGUUCCCCUUCAAGACUGACUCAUUCUCUGAAUGCAAUGGCAAACAGUAUGUGAAGAGGACCUGGUACCGCAAAUUCGUGGGAGUUCAAAUCUGCAACUCUCUCAGAUACAAGAUCUACCUGAGUGACUCUUUGACUGGUAAAUUCUACAACAUCGGAGACCAGACCGGCCAUGGAGAAGACCACUGCCAGUUUGUCGACUCCUUCCUGGAUGGCAGAACAGGCACCCAGGUCCCUGCAGAUAACCUACCAGCCAGAUCAGGCUACUACAGAGCAAUGAGGCAAGAGCCAGUCAACUUCGGUCACAUAGGAGGAAACUCUCACAUCACUUAUGUAUCAUGGUACGAAUGUGGCACACCUAUACCUGGGAAGUGGUAGACAUUCUCCAAUCAAACUCCAUGGGGAGUCAGGAGGAGAGAAUCCCAUUGGCUGGAACAUGUGGCUGUCUUGUCACAAGGUUGGCUUGUGAUUGAUUAAUAGCAAAAGUAUGGGGGAGGGGGGUUGCUGUCUAUGCUGCGCACUUUGUGCUGACAACACCCCCCCACCCCAAACCAUGUAUAAACAUGUACAGAAUACAAGUGGCAGGGAAAUUUAUUGAGCGCAUUUGUGGUAUGUAAUAGCAACUUAGUCUCAUCUCACUAUUUAUCAAACAUAACAAAAAAACAAAAACAAACAAACAUCAAGAACAGAAGAGAGAAGUUACCUCACAUGCAGUGAGGUAAACAAACACAUAAAAUAAGAUUUCUUAAAGUAUUGGGAAGCUGGCUCCCUGAAACUAUUUUGAUAUUGUGUGUGAUAUUAUUUAUCAAGAAGUCUGUGGCGCCAUUUCCCUCGCGCUGGCUAUGACAUGCGAGCCGGGGAGAUGCCACUUGACGCAGUGCUUUAGCUGAGCUGAUCUCGGGUUUGACUCACGGGCUAAGAUUUAGCUUACGCAUUACCUGAGGAUGUGCUCCGGAUACCUUAAGUCUCUUCUACGUCACAAGUGCCGACCGUUAGCAUAGCACAUAAUAGUAUGUAUAUCUGGAUGGGUCGGCGUUAUAUUUGUGCCCUCCUGACUAAAUGCACUGGUGUUGGCAUCCGUUUCUUUUCUAAAGAGAGAUUCGUGUACGUGGCAGUACAUUGUUAAAGUGGGCAGAUGCCUGCAGUGUCUGAGUUUACAACACACUAUGAUCUGUGAGGUUAAACAGUCAUGUCAAACUCCCUUAUCCAUUGUGUGACCUGAUGUAUCGGUCAAAUCACAGUAAAGAUUCACACAUCAUCAUCAUCGCACACACACAUACACACAUGCAAACACACACAGCUACACAUGCAUACAUACUCAUAUGGAUCCGUCACACACACACUCACACACACACACACACACACACACACACACACACACACACACACACACACACACACACACACACACACACACACACAUACAGAAACACACACAUCACAGAGUGAAAGUCUUGUACCAUGUCCUACAUUGUUAGCUUAGAUAUAUUAGGCUAGCAGCAGUUUGGAGGACAUUACACUUGCAAUUUGCACAGCAUAAAUGUAUUUAUAUGUAUAUGGAGAAAAAAUAUUUUUUUUGCAAAUGUACAAGACAAAAAACUCAAGUUAAAGUUUGUAAGUCAUGUCCAGGUGUGUUUGUGUUUGUUGGAUGUCAACUUUUGGGAAACUGUGUUUUCUUACUUUUCCAAUAAGAAGCAAAAAAUUGUUUGUUAUGAUUGCCUGUACAGAAAUACUCCUUCUGCUGUCUUGGUUAGCAGAAAGGUGCUCACCCCUUAUUUUUCGACUCUUUGUAACGUGAUGCUGUUUUUUGAUGCAUAAUUACAUGUCUGUAUCUAAUUACAUGUCUGUAUCUAUUUGAAUAAAGUUGAUAGUUUUGUUUCCUUUUUA